AUGCGUCUACUCAAAACCGACACGAUUGAGCUUCAAACGUUCGAAUACGGCGAUGUGCCCCCGUACGCUAUCUUAUCACAUAGAUGGGGUAGAGAGGAAUUAACCUACCAGGACUUGGAAGCGAAGACAGAGGCAAAAGAGAGGAAAGAAGGGUUCAAAAAAGUGAGACAAUGCUGUUCCAAAGCCAAAGCUGACGGAUUCGACUAUGUCUGGAUCGACACUGUUUGUAUAAACAAGGAAAGUUCAAGUGAACUGUCAGAAGCAAUCAACUCCAUGUUUAAUUGGUACCAUCAGGCCGAGAGAUGCUAUGCCCAUCUUGCAGAUGUGCCAUCAAAAUCCACCUUUAAGGACAGCGAGUGGUUUACAAGAGGCUGGACCCUGCAAGAGUUGCUCGCCCCAUCAGACAUUCAUUUUGUAGAUGAGAACUGGGACUAUAUCGGAACUAAGACGAGCCGGCAACAGGAUAUAUCAAACUGCACUGGCAUACCUGUCAAAAUCCUCUGCGGCGAUGAUGAUCUUGACACAGCUAGUGUUGCACAAAGAAUGUCAUGGGCUUCGAAAAGAAAAACGCAACGACUUGAAGACCGUGCUUAUUGUUUGAUGGGAACAUUUGGUAUUCAUAUGCCACUAAUAUAUGGGGAAGGCGAGCAAGCUUUUUUAAGACUGCAGGAAGAAAUCAUGAGGAUAUCCCACGAUGAUAGUCUCUUUGCGUGGAAAUCCUCAGACUCUCGUGGUGGGUUGCUGGCUACCUCCCCCGAAGCUUUUAAAGAAUCUGGAGAUGUAGUCCAAUUCAAUCCUUUCAACGAUCACAAUACCGCUUUCACUAUAAAUAGUAGAGGAAUCCACUUGAAAGUUCGCUUUAUCGGGGUAGGCCCCCAGAGAUUGGGUCUCGCAAUUCUUCACUGCAAAAGGAAGAGUGAGGAUAAGCCGGUUGCCAUUUAUGCAAGAGAUUUGUUUGGCACAAUGGAGACAUUUGAAAGGGUCAUGAGCGACAAACUCGAGGAAUUUGAUCGAAGAAAACACAGGCCCUCGCAAUAUCCGAUGAGAACAAUAUGUAUUCAAUCAGGAAGAACAACACCCGUACUGAAAUCGAGCAAUUUGAAGAAACGGAAACGUGACGACAAUACACUAUACGAAGUCUACGACGAUAACUUGUUGCAAAGUUUGAUGCACUUUGACCGGGUAGAAGCGGUGUCAACAACAGCAAGCUCGUCGUCGCAGGAUCAUAUGUGGCUGCUGCUAACACGAGACAAUGUCGAGGUGAACAGGGGCGAUGACUUUGACUGGACGCCAUUGCAUCACGCAGUCAGUAGAUGUAAGAAGGCAACGGUGGAGAUGUUGCUCGCUCGGGGUGCCAAUAUCAACCAAUUCAAUGCUGUUGGCGAGACUCCGAUAUGUCUAGCCGCUAAAGAUGGAUAUGAGGACAUUUUUAAGCUGCUGAUAGAUGCGGGUGCGUCGAUUAACCCAGCAAGGCCAGAACACAAGAUGCCGCUGUCAUUCGCCAUUGAAAGCAGACACAAGAACAUUGUUAAGCUGCUGCUAGAAAAUGGGGCCAAAGUUGAUGAAAAAGACGGAAGCACUGGUAAAACGCCUCUGUUGUUAGCCGCUUCUAUUGAAGACCAAAGCAUUCUCAGAUUGAUAUUGGAACACAAAGCCGAAGUUCAUGCAAAUGACUAUAAAAUUAUCGAAUCGCCAUUUUUAUCAGCCAUAAUGGAGGGAGACACAGAGUACGUUCAAUCCUGCUUGAAGCAGCAACUCAGGCUUUAUCGGGGAGCCAUCGAUUACUAUACCGUCACGCCGCUAUCAUUAGCCGUUUUAAAUGGACAUCGAGAUAUCGUCAGAUCGUUGCUUGAAAAUGGGGCCCAAGCGAGCGAAGUAUAUUAUGGUCUAUCCUUGCUGUCAUUGGCUAUUUCGAAAGGUCAUUAUGACACUGUCGAGGUGCUCUUACGAAAUGGAGCCAAAGCCGAUGCAAGGUCUAAAUGCACUGGUAGAAUGCCAUUAUCGCUGGCUAUCUUAAACGGACACCGAGACAUUAUUAAGCUUUUGCUCAAAUAUGGAGCUAAGGCCGAUAGAAAAGACGAAGGCGGUGGAACGCCUCUGUCCUUGGCCGUUGUCCAAGGGCAGGAAGAAAUCGUUGCGCUAUUAACUGAAAGUGGCCCUGACGUUAAUUUGAAAGACCGAUAUGGCUUUAUACCGCUACAAAGGGCUGCAUCAAUUGGACAUGAAGGUAUUACGAUGUUAUUACUCGCAGCUGGGGCCCAAAUUAACGCACCGGAUAAUCUUGGUAGAACGCCGCUUAUGUUGGCCGUAGCUGGCGGGUAUGACAAUAUUGUCAUCUUGCUGUUGAAGUGGGGAGCACAUGUUAACGUCCAAGAUGAAGGGGGUGAGACCGCUCUUUCUAUGGCUAUCUCAGAGGAACACGAAGCUAUUGUUAAGCUGCUAUUGGAGAAUGGGGCUGAUCUUGGCUUGAAAUAUGGCGAAGGCCAAACACCACUUAUGUUGGCCAAGGAGAAUGGGCAGGGUGGCAUUAUUCAAUUGAUACAGGAAGCGGAGAAGGCCAUUGCAAACACGAUGUGUAGAUACUGA